GAUGAAUCCACGAAUGAUCAAGUUCAGGCUCCAGAACAAACACAGCUCUUAUCCACAUUGAAAAGAAAAAGGAAAUCUAGCUACCAUUGCUGUGUCCCCCAGUGCAAUGGCAACUUCCAAUAUCAUGAAGAACUUGUUUUUCAUUGAAUAAGAAAACGAAGAAAUUCAUUAACAAUGGGUUAUUAAAAUUCACAGAGACGAAGGGCCUGAUUUCAAGGUAAAGUAGAGUUAUCAAAAUAACUUUUUCUUUCUCUAUACUUCACUGCUGUCUUGUAUGAUCGCCUAAUUUCUUAAAUUUCAUGUUUUCAAUCAAUAGAUUACAAGUAGCAGGAGGGUGUGUUCAAGACAUUUUCUUGAGGUAGACUAUCUACCCUCUGACAAUGCAGGAUGA